AUGAAAACAUUAUAUCAACUAAAACUGUACAAUUCGUUGCAUGUACCAAUGACUAAAUUUCGUUUCUGUGAAAUGUUGAAAACCAAUCAAACACUUGUCGAAAUUGAUAUUAUGGAUCAGACUGGUUUCGAAGACGAAACUUUCAUUGUUAAUCUUUUAAAUACUUUGAAAGGACACAAAUCAAUCAAGCAUCUCAGUCUGCAUGUACGAAAUAUUCAACCAUCGGAUCGAAAAGAAGCAAGCCUGAUAGGCUCAUUAAAAAAUGAUCAAUUUAUUUCACGCCUACGACAAUCAGUUCUUUUCAAUCAUAUUGAUAUCAAUACCAAAUGGAAACAACAUGGAAUUACUAUUGCUGGAGGAAAUGGACAAGGCAAUCAAUUAAAUCAACUCUUUAACCCUCAAGAUAUCUAUGUUGAUGAUGAUGAUCAAACUAUUUAUAUUGCUGAUUAUGAUAAUCAUCGUAUUGUUGAAUGGAUACAUGGAGCAGAAUAUGGUCAAGUUGUUGCAGGUGGAAAUGAAAAAGGAGCUCAAAGUGAUCAAUUGAGUGGUCCAAGAGAUGUGAUUGUUGAUAAAAACAAUAAUUUUAUUAUUAUUAUUUGUGAUUAUGGAAACAGACGAGUGGUACAAUGGUCUCGUCAAAAUAGUAGAAAUGGAGAAACAAUCAUUUCAGACAUUGAUUGUUCCGGUCUAGCAAUGGAUAAGAAUGGAGAUCUUUAUGUCUCUGAUUGUAAGAAGAAUGAAGUAAGACGAUGGGGAAAAGGAGAGAAAGAAGGAACAAUAGUAGCCGGUGGAAAUGGAGAAGGAGAGCAUCUCAGUCAAUUCCAUUCUCCUAGUUAUAUUUUCGUUGAUGAAGACCGUUCAGUUUAUGUAUCGGAUAAUAGAAAUCAUCGUGUAAUGAAAUGGACGAAAGGUGCAAAAGAAGGGAUUGUUGUCGCUGGUGGAAACGGUGAAGGAAAUAGUUUGACACAAUUGUCUGAUCCUCGAGGAGUGAUUAUCGAUCAUUUAGGUAAUGUUUAUGUAGCUGAUUGUUACAAUGAUCGAAUAAUGCGUUGGUGUGAAGGAUCUAAGGAAGGUAGUAUUAUUGUCGGUGGAAAUGGAGAAGGACAACAACCAAAUCAGUUCCAUUAUCCCAAAGGUUUAUCAUUUGAUCUUCAAGGUAAUCUCUAUGUUGUCGAUUGUGGUAAUCAUCGAAUACAAAAAUUUGAAAUUGAUUUGAAUUAA